AUGGUCGACCGAGCCCGCAAGCCCUCCGCCCUAGCCACCACCCCGGGUCUCCCCCCUCAGCCGCAAGUCGCUUUCUCCUCCGACAACUCCUCCGUGACCGCCACCUUGCCUACCGGCGAAAGUGUCUCGGUCUUGCUCUACGGAGCUACCGUCGUCAGCUGGAAGGACAAGAAUGGCGAUGAGAAGUUGUGGUUGAGUGAGGCGGCCAAGUUGGAUGGGAGUAAGCCUGUUAGGGGAGGGAUUCCGUUGGUUUUUCCUGUCUUCGGCACAGCCCCCGACCACGCCCAAACCAAGUCCCUCCCGCAGCACGGCUUCGCCCGCUCUUCCCGCUGGGAAUUCCUCGGCAAGUCCACCUCGGAAUCCACUCCCACUCCGACAACCCCCGCCUUCGCCGCGACGGCCACCAGCGCCGCCGGAGCCGUGGCUGCUGCCGCCGCCGACAUGUCUGUCAAGCUGGAUUUCGGACUGAGCUCGUCGAGCUUGAGCGAGGAUGCUAGACAGAAGUGGCCAUAUGCGUUUAAUGCGAUUUACAGCGUCACGCUUAACACGGAUAGCUUGACGACGAACUUGGUCGUGACGAAUGAUGAUGAGAGGAGUUGGGAGUGUCAGGUUUUGAUGCAUACUUAUUUGAGGGUUGAUGACAUCACCACAACCUCCAUCACCGGCCUCUCCUCCGCCUCCUACAUCGACAAAACCACCUCUCCCAUCUCCACCAACACCCAAACCUCCCCCGUGCUAACCAUCUCCUCCGAAACCGACCGCGUCUACACCCCCGCCGGCGACUCGCCCGCCUCCGUGCCCAUCACCGUCCUGUCGAACGACAAGCCCAAGUUUACUGUCCUCCGCGAUAACUUGUCCAAUGUCGUCGUCUGGAACCCCUGGAUUGAAAAGGCGAAGGGUAUGGCGGACUUUGAGCCAAAGGAGGGGUAUAAGAAUAUGUUGUGCGUGGAACCGGGUGCCGUGGGUACGUGGCAGGUUUUGGAACCGGGAGAUGCGCUUGAGGGUGCGCAGACUAUUGUUUUGGGUGGGAAGACGGAGUGA